AUGUACGAACACGACACCCCAAGAUUAUUUGACCGGAAAGACGAGUACUGGUUUCACAACAUGUUUGUGAAGCGAGACGUGGAACGUGUCCAGCACUUCUAUCCACCCAGUGGAGACCUCUUCGAGCGCCUGCCAAAUGAAAUUAUUGACCAGAUCUUCGAUUAUAUCCUGCUUCGCGUAGAGGUUGACUGGGAAUCACUCGGCUACGAACGCUGGAAUAGGCGCCCCUCAGUGCAAGAGUUCAAUCGGGAAGACUUCCUUGCACUAUGCCUCUCGUCCGCUCGUUUAUGGCCACUCGCCUUGGCCCGUAUACAUCGGUCCUAUCAGAAAGCCAACUGGGUAGGCAAAAGGGUUGGGUUCCACUUCGAGCGGUCGAAGCUCACCGCGGAACAAAUGCGGAACUAUGGUAUCGAAGACACUCCUGCCAUGAUCAAUGGACGUCAGCAAAUGAGGUCGCAGCAGAAUGUUGGAGAUCAGGGAUGGGACAGGACAUGGAACCAUUUCAGGUGUCGGCCAGAGAAUGAUUGGUGCUCUCUCAUGCGCCCCAUGCGUGGAUACACAGCCGGUCGAGGAUUGAAGAUGGCAAAGUAUGAGCUGACGUUAAGACCGGGGGAUCGGGACAAGAUCGAGCGAGAUCUUGGUCGGGCCAAUCUACCGGUCACAGGAAGAGAUUGGGUGCUUCGCAACAUCACGACUAGACAAUACGUACGCUCGGAUCAGUUGGACGAGCCACCCUCUCCAGCACCAGAUUGGGACUCACUACCCAAGUUCCACGAGCCAGUACUUUCCAAGAUGCAACGCAUCUACCGCGAGCUGUCGCAACAAGUGAGAAGAGUUCCGAAGAACAAAUCGCGACCACUACCGGAGAGCGACCAAGCGCUUACAUUGGCGAACAUAUUCUUGGUUCUCACAUGUAGCAACCCAGAUUGUCCUUCCCCGGGACAGGCCUUCGACUUCUCAAAUGGCCCAUGGGCUGGGUGCGCAUUUGAAGUCUUUUCACUGGACGACCACCUGCAGUCUCAGCAACGAGAGUUAAAGUCAGGAGAACAACCAGGCAAGGCAUGGGUGAACGUCAGUAAAGAAGUAGUUGCAGAUGUCGCCAACUUGCGUUUUUGUAUCCGCAGGUUGCAGGAGAUGAGGCAUCAGGGUCACGAGCGGUAUUUCCGCAGCCACGACCCAGCAGUCAACAAAGCAUACUGGGACAACUUCUGGAACAAGGUCGAGAUGACAAGAAAGCUGCAUCGGCAGUGGGUGAAGACAUGUCCACCUAGACCUUGGAUAGAUGAGAGCAUGUAUGCGGAAACGUAG